AGUGGAUCACAUCCUGAUCAGUCAUAUGACCAAUCAUGUCUUUCGUCACCAGUUAACGUUAUCAGUGACGUCACCGGUGAGAUUAAUAAUCACACCAUCAGUCAUGUUAACGAUUGUCACCAGUUACAUCACCAAUCGUUCACACAUGUCACCAGUCAUAUUGCCAGCUCAGUCAUGUCACCAAUCAUGAUAAGCUUAAUAAUGCAGCCAGCACUCAUGUCACCAUUUUUGUCAUCAUUCAUGUUGUCAAUAGUCAUGUUAGCAGUCAUCGUGUUACCAUCUCAGCAGGUAUGUCACCAUUCUUAUUGCUAGCAGCCAUAUCAUCAUUUGUUACCAAGUCAUGUCACCAUUUAUGUUGCGAAUUCGUGUCAUUAUUCACGUUAUCAGCAGUCAUGUCAUCAGUCAUAUCUGUGUUGUGGGAGUCAAUAUGAUAAACAAAGACAGUAAAUAAAGCAACAGUGACUAAACUCCCCUAACAUCUACCGCUCUACCUUAAGUUUAUAUAUAAUUAAUCACCUAACAAUCAACAAUUAAUAAAGAGAGAUAUUAGAUGUUUUAAAUCAUUCAUUACUUCACAAUCAAAUCAUUAGAAUUUAUUUUGAAUUUUGUUAUGGGUGAGUUUAUGAACGGUGCUCCAAAAACACAACUCCAGAAUUCACUCUCUUUGUACAUCAGGAAUUUGGAUAACAAAACUCAAUGCAGGUACAGUCCUGGACCGAAGUUUGUGAUAGAAUCAAGGUGGAGAGUGCAAAGUCCACUCCACCUUUACUGGAUGGUGGGUUGCUGUCAGUGCUGCCACACAUGAAAAACAAAGUUUACCAGAUUCGUGUCUGAAUCUUUCCAGAUCGCUUAAAAAAAAAAUUCAAGACAAAUAACUGAACUUUGAUCAUCCAACUCCGAAGUGAGAGAAGUGGAACUGAGAAUGUAUGAACCUUCGUGCAGCAGAGGGGAAGUGUACACCUGUGAGGACUGUGGUAGACAGUUUGCUGACAGACAACAGUUAAGGGAACAUUUGGUGCUCCACAACAAGGAAGAGUUUGACUGUGACAUAUGUAAUAAACCGUUUCCAACUAAGGAGAGGUUGCAGAGACACAAGAGAAUACACAGUGAUAAGAAAUAUGUGUGUCACGAGUGUGGAAAGAUAUUCAGUGUGAAGGGUUACUUACAGAAACAUCUGGAAGUACACAGCAAUGAAAUGUUCAAAUGUGAGGAUUGUGGUAAGUUUUUUACCCUGCAGCGAUCUUUGCAGAGCCACAGGCUUCUGCACAAAGAGAAAAAAUUUAGUUGUAAUGUAUGUGGCAAAUCAUUCCACAAAGAGACUGGAAAGGGAAGUCUAGACAUGCACAUGCAGCUGCACGGUGAUAAAAAGUUUGGAUGUAAUGUGUGCGGCCUGUUGUUCAGUGUGAAGGGUUAUCUACAGAGACAUAUGCAAGUGCACACCAAACCACACAAAAGAUUUGAAUGUGACGAGUGUGGUAAAUUGUUUACGCGGGAAUAUUAUCUUAAAGAUCACAUGCGCGUACACGGCGAAAAAAAGUUCGGAUGUCUAGAGUGCGGGAAAUUAUUUGUCCGGAAGGCAAACCUCAGAGAUCAUAUGCUGAUACACGGGGAGAAAACAUUUGGCUGUAGUGUAUGUGGUAAGCUGUUCAGCCUGAAGAAUUAUCUCAAGAAACACAUGCAAGUGCACAACUCUAACUCUGGUUUUCAUGACAAUAAGUAUGAUGUUAUGAAAUUUACUUCUCAAGAUGCCAAUAUUGCCCCUGAUGAAUGGGUGGACCUGCUGCAGGCCUCUCCCUGUGAGUCACCAACACCCCUGGAGCUGGAGUGUAUGGGGGAGGUGAAAGGUAACAAACAAAAAACAUAUGCCAAGAGAAAUGCUGGAAGAGAUGAUGAACUCCAGAAGGUGCUCAUCAAGGCAGAAGAAGGAAAUGAAGAUGAUUCUCAGCUACAGUUUAUCAAGAUGGAGUCGAGAAGUGAAGACGAGUCGGACAAAGUUUACGAGUGAAGACGUAGACGAUGAUGAUGAACCACAGACUGACCUUCACUAAACACGCAGAAGUAAAGGGUGGCCGACACUGCUGGGGUGUGAACCUUUGUUUAUAAAAACUAUAAUCCAGGAGGAAGAAAUAAAUGAAUGUAACUUGUGCAACAUUAAAAUCAAAUAGAGUUUAUUCCUGAAAUUACCUCUAAGAUAUUCCCCACACAUACAACCACCUGCGAAGAAGAAUGCCCCCUUGAAGAACCUGCACCUUGAUGAGAUACAGCCUAUGCCAUAACAGGUAUCUGACAACUUGGAGGUGUACUGAGACAAAAGGUAAUCACUCACCACCCUAGUCAUUGUACAGAACUUAUAUUAUGUGAGAAGCUCUUGAGAUAUAAUGAGGAUAUGAUUCAUAAAGCAUGGUUGAGAUAAACUACAUACUAUUCAAAUAACUGGUUGGUCGAGAAGCUUUGAGAUUGAACCAUUGGAAGGACUGAAACAGAGAGAGAGAGCACCAAACAUUGACUUAUCAGCUCAGCACCACGAGCAGUGUACCCAAUAUUUCAACCUUGUGACGGCUGUGAUGACCCUAGCAGUUGACGGCCAGGAAAUCAACAGAAGAACCAUGCCAUUGUAAAUACUGUUUGCUUAAUUGACGUAGAAGACAACAUGGUCUUCUUACCAGAUUAAAGGAAUUUGCCUCAACACAUAAAUAUUAUACAGUACAGUUCUCUAAGCUACCGAGAUGCUGAUACCCUCCCUGUACAGUAUUGCACACCUGAUGGUACAGUACAGUACAACCUGUCCUCACAACAAUCUCUCAUAUAAAUAUUACCAAGGAGUAAACAAUGAGUGACAUGUAAACAAGAUAUCCAUAGUGAUAAAGAGGAUGACUUACUAAAAGGUUAGAGGCAAUAUGAAACCCACCUGGAUGAUUGAGGGCUUCACACCUAACCUUCUCUACCCGUGUGACCAAAGUUAGAGCCUGGUUGAUAAUUUACUCCACAGUAGAAGGAACAAACACUGGUAUUGAGAGGAGAGUACAUUUAUACCCUGUAAUUUAAUUUAAUAUUCAUAAGGGAAGAUCUUAAUAGAGGCAGUUAUAAGAGAAUACAGUAACUACAGUAGAGAAAAUAUGUAUUAGCAUUUGCCAUUUAAUGUGUUAUAAUUACCUACCAGGAGUUUUGCAAUACAUACACUAGGAAUAUGUAACUGUUGUAAAUAUAUUUGACUAAUUUGUGUUUUAAAUUUUAUGGGUGGCUGAAUAUCUGUGUUUGACUGUCUGUAUAAUGUCUUUUUGUUCGUCUUAGUAAUAAUAACUGCUGUAUGUCCAGGUUCUAAUAAAUGACGUUAUGAAUAUGAAUUUUCGAACAUUGAGAGACUGAUUAAAUGAAUGUGUCUAUGGAGUAUUGAGUUAGAAUAAUGAUUACAGAUGAUAAUGUAUGAGUGUACUAGCUUACCUGGGAAUGAAUGAGUGUACUAGCUUACCUGGGAAUGAAUGAGUGUACUAGCUUACCUGGGAAUGAAUGAAGAGUGUACUAGCUUACCUGGGAAUGAAUGAAGAGUGUACUAGCUUACCUGAUAAUGUAUAUAUGUGUGUGUGUGUGUGAUAGUCAAUAUGUUUUCUUUAUCUUUAGUGAUGAGUGCCCAUUUUACUGCUGAAGUUUGUGGUGGAUAGAACUACCAGUGUCUUGCUUAUAUAUUACUAUAUGUCAGUACUACAGUUUGUAAAUAUAUAUAUUGUACAGGUAGUUAGAUGUACUGUACACUCAUGGGGGGACAUUGUACUACUGAUAGCUAAUUUAAGAGACCAUUGAACGAGUUGUUUCUAAAUUAUUGCAUUCCAUGUAGUCGAAUAAUCUUUUAAUAAACUGUGUCAUGGUAAGUUUAGCGACCCGCCUGCGUUAGUGUUGUAAAUAUAGGAUGACGUACCCUUGUAAGAUGUGUUUUAGCCCUUAUAAGUGAGCCAUUGAAUUGUGUGUUUUAAUUAAUGAGUUCCGUGUAGUUGAGGAGUCACCAGUGUAAGCUUUAGUGCUGCACCUUCAUUAAGAGUUGUAAUAUGUAAGGUAGGAGGUAAAACUUGGCUCUUCAAGCAUCAGGUCUUGGUACUUUAUCGUGUAGAAGGGAUAAAAUAUUGUGUUAGGGUUAAAAAUGAUGAAGACUUAAUUCUCUUUCCUGUGUUGGUAAAGACUUUUCUAGAUUUGCGUCCGUGAUGAAAGGAUAAAACUUUUUCAAAAUUGUAUAAUAUGUAAUUUUUAUGGUCAAAAUGAAAUGAUAGAAUUUUGGAUGUGCAGUAAAAUUAUGUACAGUGGGUUCCCGGGUUACGAAUGGGUUCCGUUCCUGAGGACGUUCGUAGGUCUGAUUUGUACAUAGGUCAGAACACAUGCUAUAUGUAUACCGUACAGUACUUACAAAACAAUGCUUAAAAUCCCACUAUAUCAUAGCCUAAGUCCUUAUAUACAUCUAAAAUCACUUAAUUAAGACAAAAGAAGAAAUAGAAUGACAAUACUACAGUAAAUGAAAGUAAAAAAUAAGUCAUCAGGUAAAUAAAAUAUUGUAAAUUUCAAUUGAUCUCAUUCGUAGUCGCGAGUGUUGGUAAGCCCUGUAUCGUACCCUACCUUUCCAUCCCACCAAAAUAUUCAUAAAACAAUUAUCUAUGGGUAAGAACAAUCCCAAAUAAUCUACAGUAUAUAUUGUACAGUUACCUGUAUCAUAUAUUAAUUAUCAGACAGUUUCAGUUUUUGUAUAUCUGCUGUACUGUAUUACUGUAUACUUUGAAAUUUACCUUUGUAAUUUACUACAUAAAGGAAGGGAGGAGGGUGUUACUGUAUACCGUGUUUUAUAUCUGACCAUUUUAUAUUGGGUGAAAAUUCUAUCUUAAUAUAUUUUUGAAAAACUGAUUUAUGCUCUCUAAAAACAGUAAUGAUGAUGAUGAUGACAAUGAUGAUGAUGAAGAUGAUGAGCCCAAGUUUGGCAUUAAGGAAAUAAUUUUAUUACCACAGGAAAGACAAGUAUUUGUUUUCAUUUUAAACUGUAGAUCAGUAGUUUAUUACAAGAUGAAGGGAGAGAAAGUCUUAGUAGGUCUAGCUUCUGUGCCUGAAGAUCCAAAUUAUACUAACUGUAUAAAUAUAACAAGCAACACAUAUUUGAACAGUAUACAUUAGUCUGUCUUGGAGAACAAUUUAUCAACUUACUUUGAUAUCAGUGAGUUGUAUGUAGUCAGAAAUUCAUUAAUAAAGAUUUGGAAGCCAA